CACCAACAGCAUCAAAACCUGCACAUUGCAAAUACACAUCAAUGACAUGCACACUCAUCCAGAGGUAGGGGUGGGUGUGCCUGGUUUUAGCGUGUGCGUUGCCAGAUGUUUGUUUGCCAUGGCCGCCGUGCUUAAUCCAAAACACGGAGGCAGCGGCGAGCAGGAUUUAUGUGCGGCCAUGAAGCCGCCAUCUGUCGGCUACACUGUGCGUCCGAACGCAGACAGCGACAGCAGGAGCAGCGCGGACCUCUGGGCGCCUCCAGUCAGCCGGACCCGGAACGCUGGGCUCACAGAUCCAGAGCAGGCCUGGUGCCAUCAUGGGGAAGAUGGGCAGUAAAGUGCUGACCGAGGCCUCUGUGGACGGAGCGCCGCCCCAGCCCCCCCCACCCGCCCCUGUAGCUGCUGUUAAGUUUGAGGAUCUGACCAAGACCAAGCAGAUGAAGGUGAAGUUGACCCAGCUGGGGCUCGUCUUCUUCCUGCUCCUCUCUCUGGUCAUGACCGGCUGCUUCCUGUGGCAGUACCAGCUGCCCAAGCUCCAUGCAGACGCGGGACUGGGUCGUAACUCCCGAGCGGAGGAGAUGUGUCCCCGGUACCCGGAGCCGCGCCCCCUGGAGCACCCCAUCCCCAUUCUGAAGGAAUCGCUGGAGAAGGUGGACGCGCUCCUCCGCCAGAGCGUCAACGCCGUCAGCCUGCCCGCGCUGUCCGCCAUCGUCAUCUUCAACGACACUGUGCUGUGGACCGGCAACUUCGGGAAGAGGAACCGGACGGACCCCCUCUCCGGCCCCCCUAACGAGUACACCAUCUACAGGAUCGCCAGCCUCUCCAAGAUCUUCCCCACGCUGAUGCUGUACAAGCUGUGGGAGGACGGGCGCAUCGGCUCCCUGGACGACCCCCUGGAGAAGUACAUCGAGAACUUCACCAUCAAGAACCCGCUGGGGAGGAUGCGGGACUCUGAGCUGAAGUACGUGACGGACGGGUUGAUCUUCCUGGACAGCGGCGAGGUGUCGAUCCGCUCCUCCUCCGUCACGCUGAGACGGAUGGCGAGCCAGCUCUCAGGACUCCCGAGGAGGCUGCGAGCCACCAGCCUGCUCUGGAAGGGGAAAACCCAUUCGGCCCUCAAUCUGCUCCAGGACGAUGUGCUGGUGGCCGACCCGGGCACCAAGUGUCACUACAGCAACCUGGCCUUCUCCCUGCUGGCCCACACCAUGGCGGAGCGGGUCCUGGGCGUGGACUACCAGCGCUGGGUCAUGGACAACGUCCUGGAGCGGCUUGGCAUGGAGGACACGGGCUUCGACCUCGGCCCCGGGCUGCAGGCCCAGCUGGCCGUGGGCGUGUACUCCAGCGGCCAGCCCGCGCCGCUCUACGACCUGGGCUGGUACCGGCCCUCGGGGCAGAUGUUCUCCACGGCCGCGGACCUGGCCAAGCUGGCCAUGAUGCUGCUGGGGACGUACCACCGCAAGCUCCUGGAGCCCGACACCCUGAAGAUCAUGCUCACGCCGCUGUUCCGCUGCGAGAAGGACUACUUUGCCAACCGCACCGGCACGCCGUGGGAGGUGAACGAGCAGCUGGGCUACGAGGUGGUGCGCAAGGACGGGGACCUGGACGGCUACUCGGCCACCUUCUCCCUGGUGCCCCGGCUGAAGCUGGGCCUGGUGGUGCUGAUGGCCGGGGCCCGGCCGGCGGGGCAGGACCUGGUGGCCCAGACCUACGGCCUCAUCGUGCCCGCCCUGGAGAGGGCCUUCCGCGAGGCCAGGAAGGGGCUGUCCCCGCCCCCCAACCCGGAGGCCUACGUGGGCUUCUUCACCUACGGGAACAUCACCUUCUACCAGAUCCGGGCGGGCCCCGACGGGGUGCUCAGCAUGCAGCAGUUCGGGCCCCAGAUCGAGGAGCUGAUCCCGGAACGCUACCGAACCAUCAAGCUCAACUACCUGGUGGAGCGGGUGUUCCGGGUGGUGUUCGAGAAGGAGUACCCCUGCGUGCUGCGCGUGAGCACCGCCUCGGUGUCGCUGGAGGCCCAGGACGGGCAGCUCUUUAACUUCUACACGCUGGACCGCCGGGGGCUGUCCCCCGGGUUCGACGCCCCGGGACUCAACACGUACAACGUGGUUCGAAUUGCGCGGAAACCCUCCUUCUCCAGCUAGGCACGGCGCUGCCGCCACCGUCCGGUCGCUGGGAUUGACUCCAGCAGAGGGGCAGACGGAUCUGAGCAGCUGAGAACGGGACCUCCAGGACCUUCAGGAAGCCUCUACGGAGCAGGAGGACAAUGGGAAGCGAGGCGCGGUGAGGAACGGGAGACGCGUUGUGCUGACCUUUAUUCGUGAAGUCUGUUGUACAGAAGAUCAAUUUAUUUAUUUUGUGUAAAGAAAUGACCCAUGUCAAACGCCGUCGAUCAGUUUGAUAUAUCACUUAUACAUACUGGUAUUUUAGGGAUGCACUGAUAUAAAUGUUUGAUGUACAAUAUUGUAUCAGUAGAUGUGGGUAAAUUGCUGAUAUCAAUCGCCAUACACAAAAAUGUCUCUGUUCAUAAGAACCAAAACACAGACGGCGUCAAGCAAUAAUCAAUACUGGUAUCAGUCCACCAAUAUACUAAGAGGCCACCCCAGAUGUUGACUAUACCUGUGGUGAGUGUGUCUUGUCUUGCCUGCCUUUCAUAUGCUGUCUUUGCCGUAUGUAUACUCCUCUUCCCUUGUCAUGGUCAACAUGUUCCAUGGGUUUGCGUUACAGAAGCUCAGUGAUCCAAUGUCCUCAUUCAGCUGCAGAACCGGUCGCGGGUCGUGUUUCGUUCUGUUCGUCUGGUCCCUCAUUGGGGGGGAUCAGGCGUUGGGUCUGCAGGUGGACAUCAACAAGCUCGUCAUUGGAUGUUCUUUGUUCUGUUCCGGUAAUUUAUUUUGUACAGAUGGCAAAAUAAGGAACUAUGAGAUCCUUUCAUUAAUGUAAGUCUUUGUCGUCUUUGAUGCAAAUGCUAAUGUUUGGGUCAUGCUGCCGUGGCAACAGGAUGUUGCAAUAAACAACAGAGAUGGUGUGCCUCGCCUUUAUGUGUGAAAUACGUUGACAAUCAGUCGGCAGACGAACAGUCUGACUCAGCAGGAAUGAGACCACACUUUGUAAUCCCCAAGAGAAGAAUCCCCAACGACCUCGGUUGAAACGCAGAAUAUACUCUUUUAAUAGACGCCCAUACAAUGUGGGAGAAUGAAUCAAAAAGGCAAAGCUUCUCAAGCAAGAAUGGCUUUAAAAUAAAACACAACGGUGAAUUAAUCAGGACUGUAAAACAAAUGACACUUAAAAAUGUACGUUUGACGGACCAAAGUAUCAGAUUCAAAUGCAGUCGUCUGAACUGUGAAAUUGCGGUUGAGAUUGAAAAGUGUCAGACAAAUCCGGGCUAGAAUAAACAAUACAUAUGUUUAGGUUUAUUCAAUACUUAAUCAUGGCCAAUUAUGUAAUAAACUUUGGACCUAAAUAUCGUAUGUAAUGUCAAUAUAUUAUCGUAUGAUUUCAUUGCGGACAUAGCAAAACAAAUGUAAACAAUUGAACAAUUUAAACCUUAAUGUUAUCGUUCCUUUUACCUGUCUUAUGCUGACAGUGCUGAGUACAAGAGGCUCCACUGUGUAAAGACUUCAAUGAAAUAAAGCAACAGCACACUUUUUACCAACACAAUAAAGAAUGGCACGAAACCAGUUUAUUUUUAAGGCAUGAAAAGGAGACGAUGAAAAUGCACUUUGCAAUCGCAUCUGCCGUUGUCAUAUGCAGCUGUGAUUCAUAUUAUGUCCUCAUGGCCCUGCUGCACUGUGGUGAUCAUUGUAAACAAAUGGUGAUAAGUGGUCUGCUACUAGUGACACUUAAACAUUAGAGGAUCACCUGUACAGUAC